AUGGAAACAGGAUCCUUCGCAAGGAGGACAACUGAUAUUCCAGGAAGGCCUAGAACAACUAGGACUCCUGCACUGGAGGAAGCCGUUCUGAAUGCAAUUGAACAUCAUCCAGAAACGAGCACCAGAAAAAUUGCUGCUGACCUCCAUGUGAGUCAUAAGUUAGUAUGGACAAUAUUAAGAGAACAACAAUUAUAUCCUUACCAUAUUCAACGCGUACAGGCACUGUUGCCACGAGAUUUCCCGCAACGUUUAACUUUUUGUCGGUGGAUGCAGCAAAAAAUCGCACGAAAUCCCCAAUUCGUUGCAGAGGUUCAAUUUGCAUUUAAUGUAUGGGUGGGAAUUAUUGGUGAUUUUUUUAUUGGUCUUGUCUUUCUUCCCUUGAGACUUAACGGUUAACUCCAGGUAUUUUUGAGCGUGUACGUCAAUCAAUGGAAAGGAGAGUUGAGGCGUGUAUCAUGGCUGCAG